ACAAGAACUCAGCAUAUGAAUAUAUAUACAUAUUUAUUUAUUUCUUAAUCGACUGAAAGUUUCAGAAGGAACUUAUGGACUGAGAAUUUCGUGUACAGAUUAAUGCGCGCACGCGCGCCAACACAGACACAUUUGUAUGACAUUGCUGUAACAAAUACUUCCGCGUUGUAGAUUUCACUUAUUAUUAACAAGCAUAAGCAUCUGACAGAAGGCCUUGCAGCAUUUCUUCCGGCACUUUAAGUUCUGAUUUCAAAUCCCGUUGAGGUGAAUCUUUGCCUUUCAUCCAUCUGGUGUAGUACUCAGGUCAAUGGUAUCGACUAUUAAACCCACUCCUUUCAAUACUGCUCAACUCGUGCUAAAAUUAUGAAGACAAUUAUUAAAUGAAGGGUUAUUUCCCGACACAUGGGUAACUCCUGAUUAGCAGUCUGCAAUCCGUCCUUAGUAAAUAAAACGUACUAUUUCAGGCUACACCGUAUUCUAUAUAACCGACCGUCAUUUAUAUUUCACUCGUUUCUUUACUGUUUCCGCAUAUGUAUAUCAAUGGUAAUCCACAAUGUCUACUGAAAUAUAUCUUUCUGGACAGAAAACAAACAAAGAAACUUUUGCUCUACCCUUAAAUUCCUGUGCUGUCAUAUUUGCCAUUCACUACUGUCAUUUAGAAGGGGUCAUUCUGAACUUUGUGGAUGAUGAAGUAUGCGAAGAACUUCAGAUAACUAUCACCCAUCAUGCCUUGCAUUCUCUGAACAUUAAUUUUAUAACACAAAAUGCAGUCCCUUCUUUGGUUAAUGUCUGCUCCUUACCAGUUCUGGUCACAUCUAACAGCAAUCUCAUCAGAUCAGGACUGUGUAAUGUCAUUCGGCAGAUUACAAUGGUGGCCCAUAGUUUGUAUCCAAAAGAACAUUUCAAGGAUUUGCUGGGUUUUCGUGGUGGAAGUCUGAAAGCUUGUGCAGAAGUGUCCAGUUGGACAAAACUGUGUGAAUUAGAAUUUCCUGAAGCGAUAAUGUCAGUAAUUACUCAAGGGAGGUUGAUAAAAAGCAAUAUGGUGAAUAAUAGUAAACUGGAAGCUGAAGAUUCCAUUGAACUCAGUUUAACAAAAGAAAUUAUUAUUCUUGAGCAACACCUGUACCGUCCACCUCGUAUCCACAAUGACGACAAAAUGAAAAGGCAUCUUAUUCAAAGAGUUUUGGAUAUUUGGUCAGAUCCAGUGUCCAGAAGUGGUGAUUCUGAUGUGUCAACAGAUAUAAGGAUAUGUCAAAGGUCAGGACCAGUAACUGGAGAACUUCUGCAGCCACAUGCAGUGAUACGAUUCAAAAUUCCUGUAAAUAAUGCUGAAAAAUGUAAUGGUGAUGAGACAGUGUCUUCGGAAAUGAAAUAUUUUCCCAGAAGUAACAAUCGUAAUGGAAAUACCAAGGUCAACAAUGGCAAAGAUGUGGAAGAAAUAUUGCAGAGAAUUAUGAACAAGAUGAGAAUUGAUGACAUUAUCUUAGAUCAUCUGUAUGUUGAAGGAAUCGAGAUGACCGUGGCUGAUCUUAUGUUGUUUGUCUUCACUUAUCAUUUCAUUGAAUCUAUUGACUUUCAGUUUAAUUCGCUUAAAAUCUAUCUGCCUAAGUUGUGUGCCUGGUUCCAAAAUAUGACCAAAAUGCCAAAACUAAAAGUAGCAGCACUUCGGUAUGGUUGCUGUCUUGAAAUUUUCAAUCAACAUUUUGAAUUUCAAAAUAUUUACAUUUACAAAUUCAUUUUACCCGAAGUUCUUCAAAAGGACUCUGAUGAAGAUGAAAAUGAAGAAGAAUCAGAACUGCAACGUAGAACUCGGAGUAAAUACAGAGCAUUAAAACCAGAACUUGCAAGAGUACUCAAAAUAAUCAAGGAGGCCAAUAUUGAACCUAUUGCAGGAGAACAUCCAUGUGGAAAAGAUAUUACUUUACCUUGGAGUGAAUUACCUUGUGCCAUUCAUCCAUAUGAGGGUGGUCUUCCUGAGAAAAGAGCUCUCAAAAAAUGUCAGCAACUUGAAAACCUUGCUACAGCAAUUAAGAAAAUAGCUCAACCUGGCCAAACUAUUGUAGAUUUCUGCAGCGGUGGGGGACAUCUAGGAAUUACAGUUGCUAGCCUUAUUCCAUAUUGCAAGGUGUUUUUAAUUGAAAACAAAGAAGAAUCAUUACUGAUUGCCAAAAGUCGAGUGGACAAGCUACAGUUGAAAAAUGUUACAAUAUAUCAGUGCAAUCUUGGUUAUUUCCAUGGCAAAUUUGAUGUUGGAACUUGUCUCCAUGCUUGCGGUGUUGCAACUGACAUGGUGCUACAGAAGUGCUUGGACAGUAAGGCAGCUUUUGUAGUUUGUCCUUGUUGUUAUGGUGCUGUACAGAACACUCACCUGAUUUCAUAUCCAAGAAGCCAACUUUUCCAAGAGGCAAACAUUUCUGACAAGGACUUGUUAACUCUUGGACAUGCAGCUGACCAAACUGAAGUUAAAACAACUUUAGAACAACAAGGUCGCUAUUGUAUGGAUAUUGUUGACACAGAUCGCCUUCAAUAUGCAUCAGAACAUGGUUAUGAUGUUGUCUUGUGCUCAUUGGUGCCACAGACUUGUACACCCAAAAAUAACUUACUGAUUGGAACUCUUCCUACAGAUGCUGCUAUUUCCAGUUGAUUAUUGCAGUAAAGGAAAAAUAUUGUGAUAGGAAUAUAUAUAUACAUACCAUUUUUGCAUCACCAUCAUCAUUGCCAUCAUCAUCAUCAUCAUCAUUGCCAUCAUCAUCAUCAUCAUUGCCAUUAAUGUCUCAUCUUCAUCAUCAGUAUCGUCACCAUUAAAGUUAUUAUUAUUGUUAUUAUUAUUAUUAUUAGUGAAGGCGCAUGACUCAGUGGUUACAGCGUCGGGCUCACAGCCAGGAGGUAGUGAGUUUGAUUCUCAGACUGGGCUGUGUGUUGUGUUCUUGAACAAGACACUUUAUUUCACAUUGCUCCAAUUCACUGAGCUUUAAAAAUGAGUUGCAAUGUCAAUGGUGCCAAGCUGUAUCAGCCUUUGUCUUUCCCUUGGAUAACAUUGAUGGUGUGGAGAGAAGAGGUUGGUAUAUGUGGGUGGCUGUUCGUCUUCCAUAAGCAAUCUUGCCUGGACUUGUUCUCAGAGGGAAACCUUCUAGGUGCAUUCCCUCAAUCAUUUAUGACCAAAGAUGGUCUUUACCAUUAUUAUUAUUAUUAUUAUUAUUAUUAUUAUUAUUAUUAUUAUCAUUAUGCUUAGUGGCAUUUUGUCCAUAUUUAUGUUCUGAAUUCAAAUUAUGCCAUGGCCAACUUUGCCUUUUGGGGUCAAUAAAAUAAGUACCGGUUGAGAAUUGAGGGGGGCCAAUGUAAUCAACUAUCCCACUCCCUCAAAGUUUCAGGCCUUGUGUUUAUAGUAGAUAAAGUUAUUAUUACUAUCA